UGCCCUGGCAAGCCCAGGGUCCUGAAGCCAGGAAGAAAAAGAAAAAAACAAAAACCCCAAAAAACAAAAAACCAUGGAUGUCAGGGAGUUCGCCUUAGCUUCCCUGAGACAUGACACCAGCUGCCCUGGGGAGUUGCCUGUGGGUCACCGGCUUCUGAGGAGGAAGAAGGACUGGUCCUGGUCGCUCGUCGUGGCCGCUCUCGUGGGAGCCUUCGGAUCAUCCUUCCUCUACGGGUACAACCUCUCCGUGGUGAACGCGCCCACCCCGUAUAUCAAGGCCUUUUACAAUGCAACCUGGUACCGAAGGCAUGGACAUCCCAUAGACCCCAAUACCUUGACCCUGCUCUGGUCUGUGACCGUGUCCAUAUUCGCGAUUGGUGGCCUGGUGGGGACGCUAAUGGUGAAGAUCAUCGGAAAGUUUCUUGGGAGGAAGUACACACUGCUGGCCAAUAAUGGAUUUGCGAUUUUGGCAUCAUUGUUAAUGGCCUGCUCACUCCAGUCAGGAGCCUUUGAAAUGCUCAUUGUGGGACGUUUCAUCAUGGGCGUGGAUGGAGGCAUCGCGCUCAGUGCGCUCCCCAUGUACCUCAAUGAGAUCUCCCCCAAGGAGAUCCGAGGCUCCCUGGGCCAGGUGACGGCCAUCUUCAUCUGCAUCGGCGUGCUUGUUGGGCAGCUGCUGGGCUUGCCUGAGCUCCUGGGAAAGGAGAGCACCUGGCCAUACCUGUUUGGAGUGAUCGUUGUUCCUGCCUUGGUCCAGCUGGCAAGCCUGCCAUUUCUCCCUGAGAGCCCACGCUACCUCCUCCUUGAAAAGGACGACGAGGCAGGAGCCAUGAGAGCCUUCCAAACAUUUCUGGGCAAAGCAGAUGUCUCCCGAGAGAUGGAGGAGGUGCUGGCUGAGAGCUGUGUGCAGAGGAACGUCCACCUGGUGUCCGUGCUGGAGCUGCUGAGGGCACCUUUUGUCCGCUGGCAGGUCAUCACUGUUGUUAUCACCAUGGCCAGCUACCAGCUGUGUGGACUCAAUGCAAUCUGGUUCUACACCAAUAGCAUCUUUGGGGAAGCGGGGAUCCCUCAGGACAAGAUCCCAUACAUCACGCUGAGCACUGGUGGAACUGAGACCCUAGCUGCCAUCUUCUCUGGCCUGGUCAUCGAGCGCCUAGGGCGGAGACCUCUCCUCAUUGGCGGCUUUGGAUUGAUGGCUCUCUUCUUUGGGACCCUCACUGUGGCACUGACCCUGCAGGACAGAGCCCCCUGGGUCCCUUACCUAAGCAUUGUGUGCAUCCUGGCCGUCAUCGCCUCAUUCUGCAGCGGCCCAGGUGGGAUCCCGUUCAUCCUGACCGGCGAGCUCUUCCAGCAGUCAGAGCGGCCAGCGGCCUUCAUUAUCGCAGGCACAGCCAACUGGCUCUCCAACUUCGCUGUGGGGCUCCUUUUCCCCUUCAUGCAGAAAAGCCUGGACUCCUAUUGCUUCCUUAUCUUUGCCACAGUGUGCAUCGUGGGAGCUGUCUACUUCUAUUUGGUCCUCCCGGAGACCAAGAAUAGGACCCACGCAGAAAUCAGCCAGGCCUUCGCCAAGAGAAACAAGGCUCAGCCCCCAGAGGAGAAGGCUAACAGCCAGCCUGCGCCAGAUCCAUCCUCCACGCUGGACAGCCAUGGCCAAAUCCAAAUGUCUAAAUAUGUGAUAUCACUAUAGGAACCCAAGGCCUUCCCGACACUUAGAAGGUUUCAGCCGAUUGAAGCCAUGUGAGACUCUCAUCCUGGGUGUUAGGAAGAAGCUGGGGACAAUCGGCUGUCACAGCUGUGUCUUCACAGCUACCCCUUCCAAACUCCCUGGAAGCAUUCCCUAGGUUUAGUACACUCAGCAUUCUGCACGGACGGAAGGUCGCCCUCUUCAUGACUGAACUUGUAGUUUUGAAAUAAAGUUGGGGGAAAGGGAUCAGGUUGCCCACUCAAAGGAAGGCCUUUUCAUCUGAUGGACAAUCACUGUAAAGGGAAUGGCAGACCUGGACUUGUCCCAGCUAUGCUGUUGCUAAGCAACCCUGACCUGCCCUUGGCCUCCAGCCUCCAGAGUCCUGGACUUGGUCCUGCAUGGAGGCUUUCUGACACCCAUGGGAAGAUUCUAGGUCGACACUAACAAAUGCCUGUUGCUAAUCUACCUCUGCCCUGUGGACCUGAAGCUUUGGAACACCUCUUACCAGUCCACCACCUUCUGAACCUACCGAGACAAGUUUUGUCCCCAGCGUUCACGGUUUCCAGGUCUGAGGCUGUCUUUAGUUCAGACUGUUACAGGAGAGCGCACAGAAGAUCAAUAAAUAAUAUUGUUAGGAAUUUUUC